UCCAUUUGAAGUUUCAAGCUCUCUUAAAGAAAAGUCCAAAACCCUAAUACAUAGUAACAAAAAUAGUUAAAAAAUAGAAUUAGAAGCAUAAUAAUUAGGAAUAUAUAAAAAAAAGGUGAUAAUAAAUAAAUUAUAAGUAAAUGAAGGAAAGAGGAAAGGGGCCGUGCGCGGGGUGUAAGCUGCUGCGGAGGAAAUGUGUGAAGGAUUGCAUAUUCGCACCGUAUUUUCCGGCAGAAGAAUCUCAAAAGUUCUUGACUGUCCACAAGAUCUUUGGUGCAAGCAAUGUCACUAAGAUGUUGCAGGAGCUGCCGGAGAGCCAGAGGACCGACGCCGUGAGCGCGAUGGCGUACGAGGCCAACGCCAGGGUGCGGGACCCAGUCUACGGCUGUGUAGGGGCAAUUUCGUCAUUACAGUCACAGGUCGACUCUCUUCAGGCUCAGCUCGCUCUCGCUCAGGCCGAGCUCCUCCAAUUCCGCCUCCUCCAUCAUCACCGUCCUCCUCCGCCUUCCUCCGUCGCCGCCGUCAAUUCUCCGACGUCCAAACACUUAUCCGCCGUCAAUUUGUCUUGCGACGGCGGCGCCGGUGACUCCCUCUGGUCAUACUAGCAUCAUUAGCUUUUUCUUUUUCGUUUUCCUUUUUUUUUUGUCUCCCCUUAUUAUGUAAUUAUAAUUAUAAUUAUAUUAGAGCCGUAGCAAUUGCCAUUAGGGAGUUAACCUAUGUUUGUAUCACAUUUUUCUCUCCGAAAACAGUUGUGU